UUUGAAAGACCAAAGCGGAACUGGUGCGGGUCGAAAGGCAUGCUGGGAGAGCAGUGAUGAUGAGGAGACCGAUCUUCAGUUUAAAACUGAGCCCCAGUUUGAAAGUGAAACUUGUCCAAGCUGGUUUCCAGUUUACUUCAGACCUAGUGGACCUCAGCCCGCUGCAGCUCACCAGAGAUGCUGGUGUGUCCCAGCAGGAGGCUCGGGAGGUGCUGCAGGCUGUGAGGAUACAUGGAGACAGAGUCUCUCUGACUGGUCUGGAGCUCCUAAAAAAGGAGGAGGAACUGAGGAGCAUCGUGACGUUCUGCUCACAGCUGGACGGAGCUCUCGAUGGAGGACUUCCUGUUGGCAAGACUACUGAAAUCUGUGGAGUUCCAGGAGUUGGAAAAACACAGCUGUGCCUCCAGCUGGCUGUGGACGUCCAGGUGCCUCUGUGUUUUGGCGGGGUCGAAGGUCAGGUGAUCUUUUAUGACACAGAGGGCAGCUUCCUACCUCAGAGAGUAGUUGACAUAGCCACCGCCACCAUCAGACACUGCUCUCUGCUGGCUGAGGAUGAGGAGCAACGAGUUGCCAUGACAACCUUCACUGUGGAGACCAUUCUAUCCAACAUCUUCUUGGUGCGUUGUCACGACUUUGUGGAGCUGAUGGCUGAGCUCCACCUGCUGCCCGACUUCUUACGGGACUGGCCGAGGGUCCGCCUCCUUGUCAUUGACAGUGUAGCGUUCCCAUUCCUGCAGCUGUUUGAUGAUUUGUCACAGAGGACACGCCUCCUCCAAGGCCUCAGCCAACAGCUCAUCAGCAUUGCUACGAGUCACAACAUGGCGGUGGUGGUGACCAACCACAUGACCACCCGGCUGCGAGGCGACCAGUCACAUCUGGUGCCAGCCCUUGGAGACCUCUGGGGCCACGCCCCCACAAUUAGACUCCUCCUGCAUUGGGACAGGACACAACGGCUGGCAUCCAUCCUUAAAUCCCCAUGUCACAUGGCUGCCACCGUCCAGUACCAGAUCACAUGUGAGGGCUUCCGAGAUGCCAACCAAUCACAAUAAAGGAAAAGACCUCUCACCACCCAACCAGGCUGAAGGUGUCGGCCUGGCUGUACCUGCAUAUUAAUUAACCUGAACCAGGUGUACAUACAGCUGGCUUCUCAUUGGCUGAGCACGAUUAAGUGUGUUUUGUCUAGCUUGGCCCCGCCUCCUGUCUGACGUCAGCUCACCUGUGCUUCCUGCUAAUUCUGCUGCAUCUCAAGUGACCUCCAGGUGAAUCCAGGUGACAUCUUGAGAUAAAUAUCAGCGUUACGCUGUUUAAGUUUCUUUGUGUCACAAAUGAGGCAUUUAAAACGUUUUUUAUUGACCACAAGUACGCAGGUGUGUGUUAAAGAUGCUGAGUCAUCACUAACAAUAAAUCUGCCAUCAUG